UAUAUAUGUUUUCAUCAAUGUAGAAAGAGUUGGAGGAUGAUAGGAUCAGAAUGUUAUCUACAAAUCCUUGUAUAUUGGAGCUUUCCUCGCAAUUUGCUGAAGCUAACAAGGAACUCAUCAAUUGCCAAAGAAUGACCGUGAUGAAGAAAGGUCAGAUGUUCUACAAAUAUCCGACGAGAUACUCCACCAACAAAACCAUGACCUUGCUGAAGAGCAAACCGAAAAUGUUCCAUCUGAAACUAAGCAUGAACGAGAAAUGUCUAGAACUCGAGGAGCAGGAUCAAAAGGUCGAGGAUCGAAACAAAUCUGUGAUAGAUAUUGCCAGUAUUAGACAUCUCGUCAUUGGACAAGCCUGUCAGCACAUACAGAACGCCAGUGUUUCGAGUGAUAAAAGCGAAUUGGUCUUUUCCCUAAUGCUUCUUGAGAACGUCAAUCAUGACUUCUGCGCGAACACCAGGCAAAUUGCCAACUAUUGGAUAGACGGGUUGAAUAUUUUGAUGGGUAAUCCACCUUGCAGCGUCGACUACGAGAAGGAAUUGAAAGACAUUACAGACAUGGAUACGUCGCUGCACUUACUGGAAUUGCAGAACGUCGCUAUACCUCACCUACCUCCGCCCAUUCCAGCUACAACGCCAACUCUUCCUUUCCUAAUUUAACUUAUUCUCACAUCAAUUAAACUUUACUACUAUUUGUGAACUUUAUAUCUAUACUAUAAGCUAUAUGUGACAAUUUAUAUAAUUACUAAAUAAUAUUUGUUUUACUUGAUCAACGAAUAUAAAAUCUGGCUUACUGCGAGAUUUACCCAACAUUACAAGCUCUCGUAUUUUAAGUGAUUACUCAUUAACCAAAUACGACAAAUUCACGUGUGAAUACGAGUAUUAA